CAAUCCUAAUGCAGCCGGAUAUGCGAUUAGGUUUGUAUUGGGCUUAUCUUGGAUUGUAUAAACAUGGCGGACAAACGUGUGUCAGACCGCCUCAAGGACAUUAACUCCAGGAGAGUUCUGGACGAGGCUGCAAGAAGACGUCGACUGAGGAAGGCACUAGAGGCGCUGGAGAGCGACAACUUUCAAGAUGAUCCCCAUGCCGACCUGAAGAUGAGCAAGAGAGCGCCAAAGUUUGAGGAGUCCAUGGAUGAUAAAAUGCCAAAGAAGAAGAGAAAGUCCAAAUCUGAUGUCUAUAAAUUUAGGUUUAAGAAAAAUUUUACUUCGUUAUUGGAAGAAGAGCACAAUACAGAGGAGCCAAACUACUUCUCAGCUCAAGUUCCACCGUCACAGUUUCCUGAGCGACAUUUUUGUGCUGUCUGUGGAUCACCAUCUAACUACAAGUGUGUGCCCUGUGGUGCCCGCUACUGCUGUGUACGAUGUCUGGGAACACAUCAAGAUACAAG